ACUGCAUUCCCACAGAUGGUACAAGAAGGGCGAGUGCGGGAGGAUUCCUUCAUUCUCUGUGAAACGCUUGGUGAGAUUGUGGAAAUGUCCGGACGCGGAAAAGGCGGUAGUGGUGGCAAAGCUCGGUCCAAAGCCAAGUCUCGCUCGUCCCGGGCCGGACUGCAGUUCCCGGUGGGCCGUGUUCACAGGCUCCUGAGGAAGGGCAACUAUGCUGAGCGGGUGGGUGCCGGAGCCCCUGUCUAUCUGGCUGCUGUGCUCGAAUAUCUGACGGCUGAAAUCCUAGAGCUGGCUGGCAACGCGGCCCGCGACAACAAGAAGACCCGCAUCAUCCCCAGGCACCUGCAGCUGGCCGUCCGCAACGACGAGGAGCUCAACAAGCUACUAGGAGGGGUGACCAUCGCGCAGGGCGGAGUGCUGCCCAAUAUCCAGGCCGUGCUGUUGCCCAAGAAAACCGGCAGCGCCAGCAAGUGAAGCGACAGAAAAUGAACCCAGUGACCCAAAGGCUCUUUUCAGAGCCACCCACAGUGUCUGGAAGGGCUGAUCCGCAGCUGCGGUGAGGGCGGGGAAGGAGCUAUAUGAAAUCUGCAAUAAUAAAUGAGACUUUCGUAUGUUGA